AUGGCAGCAGAGUUUUGUCCUCAUAGUGCUUUAGAAUGGCUUGCGGUGCAGGCUCCAAGGAAUAAAAUGGCACAUGCUUGGGUUUUUACAAAGUGCAGAUUGCUGGCUGCUGCGUAUUUGCUAGUUUCUCUAGUGCCACAUUUGCCCUUCAGGCAAGCCUACCAUGGAACUCGUAUAGCAUCCACAGCUGCAACUGUAGCCACAACUGUGGCUCAACAGCAAUUGCAACAACAAGCUAUUCGAGAAUUGCCAUCAGAAGCUACAGCUGUGCAGAGGCAAGUGUUGGGUUUGCUUUUGCGGUUACUAAGACCAGCUAGACAUUAUGCUGAUGUACCCUCGCAUGGAACAUUAAAACUUACAUCUUAUUUUACACUGAUGACGUAUUUUGCUAGCGGCAGGACAGAAAAAUUGAUGGUUGGACCUCAUAUAAGAGCUCUAUGGGACUUGUUUCAUCCGAGAUUAUCAGAACCCAGUGUUGCAGCUCAUCAUAAUAAACAGGCAUUACUAGUGUUUUGGCACCACAUAACAGUUGACUGUCCAGAAAAUGCUCAAAUAGUUGUACAAAAUGUUGAUAUCACGAGAAACAUAGCAUUUAAUUAUAUUUUGGCUGAUCAUGAUGACCAUGAUGUUGUUAUGUUUAAUCGAUCCAUGCUGCCAGCUUAUUAUGGAUUAUUAAGAAUGUGUUGUGAGCAAAGUCGCAAAUUAACUAGACAGCUAGCUGCGCAUCAAAAUUUACAAUGGGCUUUUAAAAAUAUUACGCCGCAUCCGACACAGUAUACAGCAGCAGUGGAGGAGUUAUUCAAAUUGAUGGCUCUAUUUGGAGCACGUAGUCCUGAAGCGACUGAAGGGGAAUUACGUGAGGUGACCGCUUUUAGACGGGGUACGUUGGCGGCGUAUUUAGCGGGUUUGGACGCUCGAGGUAGCUGGGGCACUUUAAAUACGGCCCUGCGUACGCUAGCCGACACUGAUGAAGAAAAGCUGUAUGUGUUGCAGAGCGGCGGCCUCAGUUUGGUACUAGAUGCUCUCCACAAUUUGCAUGUCAUGUAUCAUGAGGCAACAGCGUGCCAUGUUUCUGAAGAUUUGACAGAGCUUUUGACUGAAACUUUUGGGCUGAUAAAUUGUCUGAGAAGGCAUAAGGACCAUCGAGAGUGCAGGGCAACACUCGUAACGUGCAAUAAGCCGUUGGUCGACCUAACAAGAAGAUUGGCUACGUUGCUAAAUACGUUCAAUCCACCAGAAAUGCGACAAGUUUCUAUAGAAAUGUUAUGUGAGCUGAUGCAUCUGUUACCUGAUGAAACUCGUACAGUUUUACUUCAGUUGCUUUCACAUUCUCACAACUCAUUCCACACAAAUGGUACUUCAUCAUCUUCUUGUAAUGAGCGACCAGCUGCUUCAGGCUCAGGAUCAUCAUCAUCCAACGCUUUUCCUCUGGGACCGUAUUUUCCAAGAAGGGGUUCUCGUGGUGGUCUAUUGCAGCAUGCCCAUGGUAAAAACUCUCCGAGGCCACCUAGGCCUGUGCUCCAAAUGUAUGUGCCCCAUACACAGAUACAAAGCCCUAAGGGAGUGGAUGUUGAAUAUGACGCAGCUCUAGCUUCAUUUUAUCGUCCUUAUCAUGAAUUUGUAGAUCAGAUGUUGCGUGGAGUACCAGGAAGAAACUUAACAAUAAAUUCACAUGCUGAACAUGUUAUAACAUUAAGUGCUAUGACCGGUUACGAAGCUGCACCAUUGCAUUUUAAUUAUUUUCCAGCUCUCUGGAUAGAUGCUUUGGAGGCACACAAUAAUAACGAAGAAGGUUUGCUAGCAAUGAUAGGUGGCAAUGCAGAAAUGUUAGCUGAUAGUAUUUAUCUAGGAGAAUAUGUAGACUGUAUUUUGUUAGAUGAACGAGUAUCACUAACUGAUCCUAAAAUAUGGGAAUUUAUGCAGACAUUUUUUCCGAAGAUUUCAAUACGCGUUUUGACUCCUCAGACAUGUCGUCUUAUAGAAAAUUUGUGUACAACGUUAUCAGAUAAUGUAUCCCGUGUAGAUCUGCAGACUGGUGCUCGGAGACUUCGCGGUGAUGUUAGGGCUUUACAUUUAGUUUUAAAAUAUAACCAACUAGUUCUGUUAAUAAUAGGGGUUUGCAAACCCCAUCAAGUUUGCAGAAUGCUCUCGAAAGACUGA